GGCACAGACGCGGCCAUGGGGGGUCCCGCGCUCGGGCGCCUCCUACUGCUGGUGACUGGGGCCGGCGCGAUGCUGCGCAUCCCCCUGGAGCGGGGUCCCUGGGUCCCCCCCAAGUUCUGGGGGGACUGGGGGGGCCCCCGAAGCCGCAGCGGGGGAGGGGCGGCCGCGGCCCCCGUGCGCCUGCACAACUACAUGGAUGCUCAGUUCUAUGGCACCGUGUCCUUGGGGACCCCCCCCCAGCGCUUUCGGGUCAUCUUCGACACCGGCUCCGCCGAUCUCUGGGUGCCCUCGUCCCGCUGCUGCCUGCUCUACCUGGCCUGCUGGCUGCACCCCCAUUACCAACCCGCGCUGUCCUGCACCCACCGGCCCAACGGCACCGCCUUCGCCAUCAGCUACGGCAGCGGCAGCCUCCGGGGCUUCCUGAGCGAGGACACGCUCACGGUGUCCAACGUCUCGGUGCCGGGGCAAACGUUCGCCGAGGCUGUGGCACUGCCGGGCCUGGCCUUCGCAGCCGCGCGCUUCGACGGGGUGCUGGGGCUGGCGUACCCCAGCGCUGCCGCCGGCCCCGCGCGGCCCGUGUUCGACACCAUGAUGCACAACCGGCUCUUCAGCAGCAACGUCUUCUCCUUCCGCCUGCGCAGUGGGGCAGAUGAGGGUGACGGAGGGGAGCUGCUGCUGGGGGGCAUCGACGAGGAGCAGUUCGAGGGCCCCCUCCACUACAUCCCAGUGUCGCGCCGCAGCUACUGGCAGGUGCACAUGGAGAGGGUGUCUGUGGGCACGCCAGGGUCCAUGGGGUGCCGGGACCCCCCCCUUUGUGGGGGGGGCUGCGAGGCUAUCGUGGACACAGGCACGUCCCUCAUCACCGCCCCCAGCAAGGACAUGGCCAUACUGCAGCGAGCCCUGGGGGCAAUCCCCGCCCUGGGGGGGCAGUACCUGCUGGACUGUGACAAGGUCCCGUCCCUGCCCAACAUCACCUUUGUGCUGGGGGGGCACGAGUUCACGCUUGGUCCCCAAGACUACGUGCUGCAGGUCUCCAAGUGGGGGGCCCCCACCUGUGUCAGCGGGUUCAUGGCCCUGGAUGUGCCCCCUCCCGCCGGUCCGCUCUGGAUCCUGGGGGACGUGUUCCUUACGCGACAUUACGCCGUGUUCGACCGGGACCACGACCGCGUGGGGCUGGCACCCACCAAGUGA